AUGCAUGAAGGCUUGGUUGUUGAUGAUAGGAUCCGAAAAGUGGGAAUUCAAGUAGCUUCAAGAUGUGACUGCUGUGACUCCGGUGCUUUUGAGGAUAUGAACCAUGUCCUUGCAACAAGGGAAUUUGUAGAAAGGAUCUGGAGUUGGUGCGCUAUUCGACUAGGCAUGAGAAAUUUGGCUAGGAUAAAUUGGAGAAGACGUGUGGAUAGUUGGCAUCGGCUUGCUAGAGGGUCCACACAAAAGGGCCAACUGCUUGGUAUUAUCCCUUUGGUGAUCACUUGGAGACUAUGGUGGCGACAAUGUAAGGCAAGGAUGGAAGGGACUUUUGAAUCUAUACGCUCAGUGUGGUGUUCGAUUUUGUAUUGGGUCUCUUGGAUUGCCUUGAGGCUCAAGAAGUCAAAAGCACUAUCUAGGCGUGAUGAAGAAAUUCUGAAGAAUUUGCAGCUGCCAAUUAAACAUACAGUACCGAUGGCUAUGAAGCAAGUAAGUUGGUCAAGGCCAAAGAAUGGGUGUUUUAAAUUAAAUGUGGAUGGCAGCUCGGUUGGUAAUCCGGGUCCUUCAGGUGUGGGUGGUGUAAUUCGGAAUGAUAAAGGGGAGUUUGUGUGUGGUUUUGCAAAAUUUACAGGACAUAAUACUAAUAAUGCGGUGGAAGUUUUGGGUUUACCAUAUGGACUUCGUAAUGUUCGUGAUUUGGAUAUUCAUGAUGUGGAAAUUGAAAUAGAUUCUAUGCUAGUAAUUAAUUGGUUGCAGGCUAAGAGAUAUGGGUUGUGGUAUCUAGAGGAUUAUUGA